AUUGGAACACACGUCAUUUAUUGUAUUGGAUUGGUUGAACGGGUCACAAACGAAGAGAAACAAAACUUAUUUAAUAUUAUAAAUUAUUCCACAACCUCUCUAGUAUCAGGUUUUGCUGAUAAAAUGGAUCCUCUGAUGGAAGAAGAGAUAUUCGCAGAGGAGCAGGCCACUGGCACGAGUCUGUUCAGCCCCGUCACCACCACAUUCCAGUUCCUGGCAGCACACGGGUGGUUUGUCCUGGGCGGCAUUGCAGCGGCCAUCUACUUGUACCACAAGUUUCGGCCGACGCUUGACAGAUGGCGCCAGCAGCGUGAGGACGCCGAGUACCAUAAGAAUCCUGACGUAGCGCUGGCUCGCAUGGAGGCGGUGCAGCGCGCGCGUGAGGCGCAGCAACAAAAGUUACUCGCUGACUCACAGAGGGCGCUCGAACUGCAAAAAGAGCGCGAGGAACGCAAGCGCGCUGAGUUGACGGAGCGGCUGGAGAAGUAUGGCGCCGCCGCCGGUGGGCAGAGGCUCGGGGAGAGGAAGGAUGAGAACGGUACGCUAUAUUAUAGUGUUCAUGAAUGUAUUGAUUAG